AAGAGAGCCAUAUAUCAUGGGGUACUAUUUGGUAUUCGUUGGUGUGUUCUUGUGGUGUGCCAUGGCUAGUCACAUUAAUGGACUAGCCAUGAUGGAUGGAAAGUUAAUGAGUUCCUCGGCAAAUAAUUAUGACUAUGGAGAUGCUCUUGGCAAAGCCAUCUUGUUUUUUGAAGGACAACGCUCGGGGAACUUGCCCGCCACCCAAAGAGUGAAGUGGAGGGGAGACUCCGCUCUCUCUGAUGGCAAACUUCAAAACGUGGAUUUGAUUGGAGGAUAUUACGAUGCUGGAGAUAACGUCAAGUUUGGAUGGCCAAUGGCAUUUACAACUAGCUUAUUGAGUUGGGCUGCUGUAGAGUACGAGAGUGAGAUAUCUUCGGUGAACCAGCUUGGUUACCUCCACAGUGCUAUUCAUUGGGGCGCAGACUUUAUACUGAGAGCCCACACUUCCCCAACCACCCUCUAUACACAGGUGGGAGAUGGGAACGCUGAUCACAAUUGUUGGGAGCGCCCGGAAGACAUGGAUACAGCAAGGGCAGUGUACAAGAUAGAUGCUAAUUCCCCGGGAACUGAAGCCGCAGCUGAGUCUGCUGCUGCUCUUGCUGCUGCUUCAAUUGUCUUCAAGAAAAUAGAUGCCAAUUAUUCCUCCACGCUAUUAAGCAAGUCAAAAUCACUGUUUGAUUUUGCAGACAAGUAUAGGGGUUCUUACUCGGGUUCUUGUCCAUUCUAUUGCUCGUACUCAGGUUACCAGGAUGAACUGUUAUGGGCUGCUUCUUGGCUAUAUAAGGCGAGUGGAGAAAGCAAGUACUUGAGUUACUCCAUAGGCAACCAAGGUUGGAGUCAGGCGGUGUCUGAAUUCAGCUGGGAUAACAAAUAUGUUGGAGCUCAGACAUUACUAACGGAGGAAUUCUAUGGUGGGAAGAAAGACUUGGCCAAGUUUAAGAGUGACGUUGAAUCAUUUAUAUGUUCAGUGAUGCCAGCAAGUAGCUCUCUACAGAUUAAAACAACUCCUGGUGGGCUUCUAUUUACUAGAGACAGCAGUAAUUUGCAAUAUGCCACGAGCUCAACCAUGGUGCUAUUCAUUUUCUCUAAAAUCCUAAACAGAAAUCACAUUGAUAGAAUACAUUGUGGUUCUGCGCUUUUCACCCCGUCUCAGAUUAGAGCCUUUGCAAAAACACAGGUGGACUACAUACUAGGAAGCAAUCCGAUGAAGAUGUCUUACAUGGUGGGAUUUGGCAGUAAAUACCCAAAGCAAUUACAUCACAGAGGCUCAUCCAUCCCUUCAAUCAAUGUUCAUCCGACCAAGGUGGGUUGCAAUGAUGGUCUCUCAGUUUAUUACAAUUCUGCUAAUCCAAAUCCAAAUACUCAUGUGGGUGCGAUUGUUGGAGGCCCCGAUUCAAAUGACCGAUUCAGUGAUGCAAGAUCUGACUAUUCCCACAGCGAACCUACCACCUACAUGAAUGCUGCUUUCGUGGCUUCAGUGUCUGCUUUGCUUGGCAAAACGACCGAUCGAAACCAAAUUCAGGACUCUGCAGUUUCCCCAUAUCGAUGCUAGGGAAACUAAUGAAGUUAAUUAAUGUAACAUAAUCACCGAUUAUAUAUGUGUCAGUGGUACUAGUUAUUUACCCUGCCAUAUAUUGAAACUCCACUUUUAUGGGCUGGUAUAAUAAAAUCAUACGUACUGUUUUACCAA